AUGGGCGGUGGACGGAAAAUCAAGUCUGUUGCCAUCAUUGGCGCGGGCGCUGCAGGUGCUGUUACUGCUGCAGCUUUCAAGGCCGAAGACUACUUCGAAAAGAUCCGGGUGUUCGAAAGAAGAGAGUCUGCUGGAGGAACAUGGAUCUACGACCCGAGCCCGUCUGAGCUGCCUCCGCUCCAGCCCGGACUUCUCCCGCCCGAAGUUGAUCCCGCAGUGGAGAUUCCGGGCGAGCUUCCUCAGGUCAAGCCUCACAGCCAGCGAGAACGCUACUCACAGACUCCCAUUUACCAUUCUUUAACCACCAAUGUCCCGGACAUUGCAAUGUCAUUUUCGGAUUCUAGGUUCGCCUAUGGGCCCUUUGCGCCGCACUGGAUUCCACGACAAUGCAUUGAGAAUUAUUUCUCUUUGCACAAAACUGACUCCAUUCUGGUGCUAAAUACGACAGUCGAAGACGUGACGAGGAUUCCCGCCAAGGAUAGACCAGAGCAGUGGAGGUUGACUCUGCGCAAGUUCGAUGCCGCUCGCAACGUCGAUAUUUGGUGGCAGGAGGUAUUCGAUGCCGUCGUUUUCGCCAACGGCCAUUACUCAGUACCAUACGUGCCUCACGUCAAGGGCCUAGACGAGUACAUCGAGAAGUUCCCUGGCCGAGUCGUACAUUCCAAAACCUACCGCAGCCCCCAGUCCUAUACUGGAAAGAGAAUCAUCACCAUCGGCAACUCCGCAUCUGGCCAUGACGUGGCGGAGGAGUUGGUACAGACAGUUCGUACCCCGGUUUAUCAGUCCCGGCGGUCCAAGUCCCGCUGGGAUGGCGAAGAGCCGCCUAAUGGUAUCGCCUGGAAGCCUAUCAUCAAGGAGUUCCGCAUCGACGGACGCGUCAUUUUUGAAGACGACUCAUAUCUCGAUGAUGUCGAUCACAUCAUCUACUGCACGGGCUACAAACCAUCGUACCCAUUCUGGAAUUCGGAAGCCAACGGCGGACGGGCUUUGUACGACUACAAGAACGGAAAGCUGAUCAAGACAUUUUGGCACACCUUCUUCCAGGACUUCCAGACAUUGGGUAUCGUUGGUAUGCCGAGAGUCUUGACGUUUAGGAGUUUCGAGUACCAGGCCAUCGCACUGGCACGAGUGUUUUCUGGAAGAGAGUCUGUUGCAUUGCCACCUGUUGAGGAACAGGGGCGCUGGGAGAGGGAGAGGGAAGAGCUUGUAAAGAAGGAGGGAAGAAAAUUCCAUGACAUUGCCUGGGAAACUGGUGAAACUUUUGAGUGGCUCAACUGGCUGUUCCGUGUCGCUGGUCUUCCGACGCUCAAGGGCAAGGGGCGGACGCCGCCUGUACUUUCAGACGAGCUGAUCUGGGCGGUCGAGCACAUCAGAAAGUAUCCCGAGCCUGACAACCCAGAACAUAAAGGGAAUUGGAAGCUGGCGCAAAGACCGAAGAAAGAUCUACUGGAGUUUAUUUGA